AAGAACAAUAAUUUGAAGAGCAUGAUGAUAUGUGAAAAGUACAAACUGUGAAACUGGCUUGGUUUGGUUGUAAGUUAUAACAAAACAAUCAUAUUAGUAUUAUUCUGCCCGAGAAGUGAGCAGAGAGUAAAGUAGCGUAAUCCAGUUCAGUUGGAGCUCAGUAACAAAACAAAAUAGUAUGGCCGAAAUCAAAGGGGAGCACAGCCUCAAUGUUUCCCAAGAGCUUCCUGAAGUUUCAGACAAAAACCUUCCUAAAACCAAGCGAGUUGCAUCCCUUGACAUCUUUCGCGGUCUCACUGUUGCGUUAAUGAUCUUGGUUGAUGAUGCUGGAGAGCAAUGGCCAAUGAUUGGUCAUGCACCAUGGAAUGGCUGCAACCUUGCUGAUUUUGUCAUGCCUUUCUUUCUGUUCAUUGUGGGGAUGGCCAUUCCUCUUGCUCUCAAGAGAAUACCAAAUAGACUUCUAGCUGUAAAAAAGGUGAUAGUUAGAACACUCAAACUCCUCUUCUGGGGUUUGCUAUUGCAAGGUGGUUUCUCUCAUGCUCCGGACAAUCUAACAUAUGGAGUUGACAUGAAACACAUAAGGUGGUGUGGCAUUCUUCAGAGAAUUGCUCUAGCAUAUUUGGUUGUAGCACUGGUGGAGAUAUUUUCAAGAAGUACACAGGCUCGAGAUCCAGAACCCACCCACCUCUCAAUAUUCAACUUGUACUAUUGGCAUUGGCUGGUUGGGGCAUGUAUACUUGUCGUUUACUUAGCUUUACUUUAUGGAAUUCAUGUUCCAGACUGGGGAUUCACUGUCCAUAACCCAGACAGCAUAUACAAUGGCACAACUUUAACUGUGACUUGUGGUGUUAGAGGGAAACUUGAUCCCCCUUGUAAUGCUGUGGGAUAUAUUGACCGAGAGGUGCUUGGAAUUAAUCACAUGUAUAAGCGUCCAGCAUGGAGGAGAUCUGAAGCUUGCACCGAGAAUUCCCCAUAUGAAGGUCCUUUUAAAAAAAAUGCUCCUUCAUGGUGUUAUGCGCCUUUUGAGCCAGAAGGCAUUUUAAGUUCAAUAUCUGCUAUCCUCUCCACAAUCAUUGGAUUGCAUUUUGGACAUGUACUCAUACACUUACAGGAUCAUCCUUCUAGGCUGAAGCACUGGCUUCUCCUAGGCUUAGCUCUCCUUACUUCAGGACUUAUUCUUCACUUCACUCAUGCCAUUCCUUUGAAUAAACAAUUGUACACGCUGAGCUAUGUUUGUGUAACAUCUGGAGCAGCAGCAUUACUUUUUUCAGCCUUCUAUAUUACGGUUGAUAUUUGGGGUUUGACAUUCUUGUUCUUGCCUUUGAAAUGGAUUGGCAUGAAUGCCAUGCUUGUUUAUGUCAUGGCAGCUGAGGGAAUCUUUGCUGGAUUCAUUAAUGGGUGGUAUUAUGGUGACCCUCAUAACACGCUGGUUGAACCGCAUUUUCCAUUGACAAUUGAACUGAUGGCGAGCGCCAUGUUAGGGGAUGCUACCACGAGCUUUGAAGAUGGUAAGUUGGCGUCUAUGACCACCGAUGACGUCGUCAGAGCCUCUCGUAUUCUCGAAAACGAUAUUCGCAUUCUCAAGGAAGAGGUGCAGAGAUCGAAUCGGGAAUGGGAAUCGUACAAGGAGAAGAUACAAGAUAAUGAGGAGAAAGUUAAACUUAAUAAGCAAUUGCCCUACCUCGUUGGUAACAUUGUUGAGAUAUUGGAAAUAAAUCCAGAAGAUGAAGCAGAAGAAGAUGGUUCCAACAUUGAUCUUGACUCCCAAAGGAAAGGAAAAUGUGUUGUGCUAAAGACAUCUACUCGACAGACAAUCUUUCUUCCUGUUGUUGGGCUUGUUGACCCUGCCAAGUUAAAACCUGGUGAUCUGGUUGGUGUUAACAAAGAUAGUUACUUAAUCUUGGAUGCCCUGCCUUCUGAGUAUGAUUCACGAGUUAAGGCCAUGGAAGUUGAUGAAAAGCCAACGGAGGACUACAAUGACAUUGGUGGUUUAGAGAAGCAGAUCCAAGAAUUAGUUGAAGCAAUUGUUUUGCCAAUGACCAGCAAGGAGCGGUUCCAAAAAUUAGGAGUUCGUCCACCGAAGGGAGUGCUCUUAUAUGGACCUCCAGGAACUGGAAAAACACUAAUUGCCCGUGCUUGUGCAGCACAAACAAAUGCCACUUUUCUGAAGUUGGCAGGUCCACAGCUGGUCCAGAUGUUUAUAGGAGAUGGAGCAAAACUUGUCCAGGAUGCCUUUCAGCUGGCAAAAGAGAAGUCUCCAUGCAUUAUAUUUAUAGAUGAAAUUGAUGCAAUUGGAACAAAGCGUUUUGAUAGUGAAGUAAGUGGAGACAGGGAGGUACAGCGAACAAUGUUAGAAUUGCUCAAUCAGCUUGAUGGUUUUAGUAGUGAUGACCGGAUUAAGGUGAUUGCAGCAACAAACCGUGCUGACAUUCUUGAUCCUGCCCUUAUGCGUUCUGGUCGAUUGGAUCGAAAAAUUGAGUUCCCACACCCAACUGAAGAAGCAAGAGCCCGAAUUCUACAGAUCCAUUCUCGGAAAAUGAAUGUUCACCCCGAUGUCAACUUUGAAGAAUUAGCUCGGUCCACAGAUGAUUUCAAUGCAGCACAACUUAAAGCUGUCUGUGUUGAGGCUGGCAUGUUGGCCCUUCGCCGUGAUGCAACUGAGGUGAACCAUGAGGACUUUAAUGAAGGCAUCAUCCAAGUCCAAGCAAAGAAGAAAGCAAGCUUGAAUUAUUAUGCAUAGGCACUCAACGCAAGGAAAAACGAGCAUUGAAGUUUGACUUGUUUGCUAGAUUGAUCUUACUCGAAUCAUAUGUAACAUACAGCUUGCUAAUUUAAGAUCAUCUUUUAAAACAGUAUUCUGGUUGCAAAUUUCUUAGAUGCAGCUUUAUAUAUGUUUUAUUUGCUUAUGUUUUGAAAUUCAUCGUGUUAGAAAUUUUUUAA